GCUUCAUUAACGUCUGCCAUUCGCCAUGGAUUCAAGACUUCACAGUCGAGCCACGUGACGGCGGAUCUGCGGUGGAUCUCCCGUACAGCAUUGGCGCCCCGCGCCCCGACAAAGACAAGCGUAAGUGUCGUGUGAGAAGAAGGGGUCUCCAGAGCAAUAAAGGUGCGCUACCUCAUCCAUUGAAGUGGUGCUUGUUGCUGCGUCUGGGUGCCUCAUUUCUUUAUCCGUGUAAAUAGCAGCCACGAAUUAUCUUGAGGCGGAAGACGGAUUACGGAGCUCCUUCUGCACGGGCAUUUAACGUCUCAGCAGGCAUUGCUCUCACGUACCAGCAACAGCGUGCGGAAGUCUGUUCCUUGGUUUGAACGUUAAGUUCGUAGGUUUUUGCGGUAUGCACGCACUUAACUCUGGGGUACUGCCGUGUAACCGGGUGCGAAGGUACAUCAGCCCUACCGGGUUCGAAACCAGACAGACGUCUAUUGGGUUCUGCGGAAAACUGUUUGAUUUCCUGUGGGCAGACGGCAGCGCAUGUCUCACGUUUGACGUCUGCGUUAGCACCAAUACCUUUGGACAAUGCCACAGUAAGUUUCAGAUCGGGUGAGAGCUAGGAGACGGAAAGCGGAAAAUAUAUUUUCGUGUCACAGCGUCCCCUCAAGACACCCGUUGUACACAGGGUUUGAGAACGACAGAUGAGCCACGUUUCCGUAGGCACAUGCUGUUCCGGUCUCUUCCUUUUUCCAUGCAUGUUGUAAGCAGUUCAAGCCGUACCAAUAGAGACAGCCGUCUGUCUAUUUGCAGAAGCGACGAGAGUCUGCAGCGACUCUUCAUCAUUGUUUUUCUUCCUCGGUCUGGCACAUGCUGACAACGUGCGAUCUCUCUGAUCGCAGGACAGCCGACGCUUCUGCGGGUUCUUAUUGAAAGCUGCACCGAAAAAGUCAACACAUGCUACCUGAAAGGACGCGAGCGAAUUCAUCCCGACUUCCAGGUUCUUCCGAAGAUGAAGUGCAAGGGCGACUUGCCUGGGUUGAUGUCGAUUCGAGAGGACCUCAUCAAGAACAAAGAGAAGUUCUGGGAUCAGCGAGAGAAAGAGCUGGAAAGCAGGAGACUACAGAAGCAGAGUGACGGCGCAGGUGAAGAAGUUCUAACGCGGAAAGAUCUGAAGAAGCUCACGAAACAAGCGAAAGCAAAGAGUCGAAUCAGAGCCCAAGGGCGGCGGAAUGAAAGCGCCGCUCCAGAGAGUUCAGCGGCAGUGUCGGAGGCGUCUGGACGUGAGGCGUUAGAUGGUCAAGGAGCCCAGAAAGUCGACAAAGAUGGAGAAUUUCUUCAAGACGAAAGAGACUUAAACCGUCGGAGAACGACAGACUUACAGCCGGGCGAGUUUCGAAUUAUCCACCAAGGAAAGGUCGACUUGUCGGAACUCUUCGGACAGAACUCAACGCUUCCCAUGGAAAAAGCCGUUCCGGAGAACCUCCGCGUGGAGAUACACCUAGGCUCUACUGUGACUUCAAGCUCAGACAUCGACGUUUCUAUUUCCGACGAUAAUAAGACCUUGACCGUUGGUCAGAAAAGCGACCCAUCUGCCGUUCAUGUUGUGCCUCUGCCGCACGCAGUUGAUGUCUCCAAAGGUCGGGCUCAGUUCUUCCGCGAAAAGCAUCACCUGCACCUUGUUUUGCCAGUUUGGAAGUCUGCGUUCCUCCCGGUUUUCGCAAAAAACAAUCGGGAAAGCAAAGGCGAAAAGACAGAGUCCUCUGGAGAGGCCGGCGCCCCUGUGGAGAGCGAACAUCGUGAAAACGCACAGUCCUUGUUUUGGGCCGAGGAAAAGACAAAGCCUGGGAAGAACCAGGAACGCAUUCAGGGUGGAGGUGCCCUUUGCGGUGCUUCAACAGAAAGUCCCGACGCGGGAGGAUGUCUUGACGGCGAAGACAAGCACGCGGUUGAUCAGACUUUAGACACUCCGAGAGAAAACGCAAACGAAGAAGAAGCUCUUCUUUCGUCUUCCUCCCCGAAGCCUCAGCACUGUCGAGAAAAGGAAGGAUGGGGAGGCUGCGAAGCCGCGCAGAAGAGGUGUGGGUCUCUGGAAUCUGAACGUGCGUCUGAUGCAUGCAAUCGCGCUUUCGAUGGCGACGAACUUUCCUCGGCAGCUUUUCCUGGAGGCCAGCGCGGAGCGGAGACGGCCCUCUUGUGUGAGAAGAGUUCAGACAGAGAGAGGCUCAGCGACUUCGAGACGAGAGAGACCGGAGCAAACGCCUGCGAAGAAGAGACAAACCAUGUGUGCAGUGAAGAGACGGGAACUACAUCUGAAGAAGAGAGGAGGAAGACUGACGGUGAAUUUUUGGAGGUGGUAGAGCCUGAGUUUUGCCGGAUUGCUCGAAGGGACUCUGCACGUUCUCCCUCAGACUCUGAAGAACAGCACAACGUCGAAGACGCAGAGUGUCUCCUCGACGCUGAGGGAUGCCCCGAUCUGGAGGAGACGGUUCUCACCUCAGAGGGAGCAUCGGGCUUCCCACAAGAACAGACGCAUGCAGUUUCUCUGGAGAAACUCGAGAUCAGAAGUCCACUUCUCAUUGGGGCGGAGAGUCGCGAGGCAGAAGAACGCGCUGACGAAGGCGAAUCCGAGCGAAUCUCGUUCGUCGACUGUGGGCAUGUGUUUGUUGCUCCUUCUGAGGAAGACCGAGAAGAAAAUGAGAAAACACUGGGUCUCCCCGGUUCACCCAGUAGGAACAAGGCGCAAGAGGUGAACGCGAAUUCUGCAGAGCAGGAACGAAUCGAGGAAACGCACGACUGCGAGAAGCAGAAACUGGAGGACCCUGAGGUCGUUGAAGCGAGGCAAAACCUGCUUCUGCGGUUUCGUCUCCCUCCCGGAUUCAUGCCUUACGCGCACAGGACCAGCAAAGUCGAAGUGACAGACUCUCGAAAAGUGAGUUUUCUUCUUUGCGUCCACCAUCUAGCCUUGCUCCACAAACGCAGACCGAAGCCACACAAAAGCGGAGUCCUAGAAAGAACUCAGUCUUUAUCUCGAGUUCGAGGUUCCCAAGUCUUGACGAUGUGUCAGUCCUCAGCUUUCUUUUCGAGCUGAAGUGCCUCUGGGGCAGAAGGGAUGCGGUGCGGGAGACAGAGCCAAACAUCGUCGUUUCUUUUGCGUCCCUUCGCAAGCGCAUGCACGUCACGAAAGUCUGCAGCACACAACAGUCUGAC